AUGGUCAGCUGGAAGUUCCUCAUCUCCACCGCGCCGUCGCUCGACGUGCCCGGCCUGGAGACGGUCGACCUCGCCGACAGGGACAUGGAGCGGCGCAUCGUCCGCAAGCAAGAUCUGCGCAUCCUGCCCUGGAUCUGCGUCACCUACCUGCUGAACUACCUCGACAGAGUCAACCUGGGCAACGCCCGCACUCUCAACAAUGACACGCCCGAGGACAACAUCAUCACGCAGUUGAACCUGACGGGCCAGCGCUACAACAUCGCGGUCGCCCUCUUCUUUGUCCCCUACGUCCUCAUGGAGUUCCCCUCCAACAUCCUCCUCAAGUACUUCUCCCCCAGCCGCUGGAUCUCCCGCAUCAUGGUCUCCUGGGGCAUCAUCACCAUCUGCACCGCCGCCGUGUCCACCUACGGCGGCCUGCUCACCGUCCGCCUCCUCCUCGGCCUCGCCGAGGCCGGCUUCUUCCCCGGCAUCAUGAUGUACCUCUGCUUCUGGUACAAGCCCGAGGAGCGCGCCACCCGCAUGGCCAUCUUCGCCUCCUCCAUCGCCGUCGCCGGCGCCUUUGGCGGCCUGCUCGCCACCGCCAUCUCCUUCCUCAACGGCAAGGCCGGCCUGUCCGGCUGGCGCUGGCUCUUCAUCCUCGAGGGCAUCCCCGCCGUCCUCGUCGGCGUCAUGGUCUGGUUCUGGCUGCCCGACUAUCCCCAGACCGCCGCCUGGCUGACGCCCCACGAGCGCGCCUUUGCCGUCAAGCGCCUCGGCCCCUACGCGCCCUCCAUGGGCGACAAGCACUGGGACACGGCCAUUGCCAAAAAGACCGUGGCCGACCCCUUCUUCUGGGUCUUUGCCGCCCAGUACUUCCUCAUGGCCAACUCCCUCAACGCCUUUGGCUACUUCGCCCCCACCAUCGUCGCCUCCCUCGGCUUCGAGGGCCACGACGCCCAGCUGCUCACCGUGCCCCCCAACGUGUUCGCCAUGAUUGUCAUUAUCGGCAACUGCCUGCACAGCGACAGGACCAAGGAGCGCUCCCGCCAUGUGAUCGGGGCCUGCGCCUUUGUCGCCACGGGCUACCUCCUCCUCGCCGUCGUGCGGCACUGGGGCGCCCGCUACGCCGCGCUCUGCAUGAUCGCGUGCACCAACGCGGCUGUCCUGCCAUUUGUCGCGCACAGGACGGCCACCGUGCAGGGAUCGACCGCGACCGCGCUGGCGACGGGCGGCAUGAUCGCCAUCUCCAACACGGGCGGCAUCACCGCGCCGUUUCUCUUCCCCAGCUACCAGUCCCCCAUGUACAGCAUGGGCAACUGGACCAUCUUCGCCUUUUUGACCGUCACCGCGCUCACGACCAUUUACACGUGGUACGCCUUUGGCAGCCACUCGGGGUACAGGACGGGCGGGAGAGAUGCCGAGGGCAACCUGGAGGUCCUCGAUGCCACGGCCGGCACCGAUCCCAACGAGGUGAUGAACAGGGCCAUGGGGAUCUCGAAGAAGGUGGAGGGCGAGGAUAUCUAA